AUGCCCGCUCAUCCGUACACUCCCGCAGAAGAUCGGACGAUCAUUGCGUACGUGACCAAACGAGUCGACGGCAUUUACAAGGAGACGCCUCAAAGAGGACCGCUGCCGGCGCGAUUUGUCUGGAAAUACUAUAACGAGUGGACGCGGAGCGAGCGGACAUCCGGAGGAGUACAAUUGAGGUGUGUGCGUGUAGCCGAGAGAGUCCUAGCCUAAAAUUCCAGAUAUCAGCACUAUUUGGCGCCGAAACUGCAUGAAAUGGACGAAUUGGACGUGGCGACCAAAGUCAGAAUGCUCUUUUUCUACGGAACACCAGUGGAUAGAGAGUUUUUGGAAAAGUGAGUCGAAAAGAGUGCGAAAAACGAAACAAUUUCACACUUUUCAGACUAAAAACGAGCGCAGAAGUGAUCGUCGAUGAGUACGGACGGAUUUUAAAGUAUUCAGAGCAUGCGUCCGGCGGAAUGCAGCUCUCCGAUCGCAGCGGACUCGCCGUCAACCAGUGGAACGAACGGAAGAGCGAAAAAAUGCGAAAAGAGCGCGAAAACCUGGAGAUAGAGCAGCAAAGAUGGCAUUUUUCGGUUUUGCCGGCGAAAAAGCCGCGUUUUGUGUACGAACAAGACGCGGAUCGGCCGGAAUGCGACUGCGCAAAGUCCACGACGAACAAAAAAGUGUUUUUGAAGAGUUUGAGCGCGAUAGUCACGCAAGUCGGAGCUCCAGAGCUUGUGGAGCUUCACGAACGGAUCGGCAAUGCGAUUCGGAUGAUUUCGGAUGAAGAGGUACUAAAAAUUAGUACGUUUUUAUAAAAAUAUAUUGUUUUGCAGAAAAUGCCCGUCGAAAUCAUCAUAUCGUCGCUGGAGACUGUGCUCAACAAGAUGGAGUGCUAGAAUUACAUUCGAAAAUCACAUUUUUCUGUUUUUGUUGUAUUUUUUUACCCCUAGUGCACACGUUCACAUAAACCGCAUUUCCAUUUUUCUACCGUCCAGCGAAGAGACAGUGUACGUAGGGAGGGGGCGCAGACGACGAGAUUAAAGGCGCAGCCCGCGAUUUACGCGGCGGGUCUCGCAGCGCGCGCACGCAUCUCGCCGCCAGUUUGAAUUAUUGACCGUUGUUCCGUGCGUUUUACCCUCGAAACUCGACGUCAGCAGACCGUUUUUCCGGAUUUUUUCGCGUAACUUCUUAAUGAAUCGAUAAAAGACUAUAUUUAUGAAUGUUUUUUGCAGAAAAUCCGAGAAUGUCAUCGCGAAAACGGGGAAUAACACCGUCGCGCGAAGGAGCGGGCGGCACUCGCCGCAAGAAGUCGUUCGAGGAGACGGACAGCAUCGAGGUGGUGUGCCGGCUGUGUCCGUACAACGGCUCCACGCCCUCCCUGGUCGCCAUCGACGACAACGCCGUACAAACGGUCCUGCCGCCGGCGAAUUUCCGCCGCGAGAAUGCGCCGCAAGUGGAGAAAAUCUUCAAAUUCGGCCGCGUUUUCAGCGAAAACGACGGUCAGGCGACAGUUUUCGAGCGCACCUCUGUCGAUCUGGUGCUAAACUUGCUCAAAGGCCAAAACUCGCUACUUUUCACGUAUGGAGUGACGGGCUCCGGCAAAACGUACACAAUGACCGGAAAACCGACUGAAACCGGCACCGGGCUACUCCCACGCACUAUCGACGUCAUCUUCAACAGUAUCGCUAAUCGGUGAGCCGCGAAAAUUCACGUAACUUGAAAUAUGCGCAAUUUUUUCAGUGUCGACAAGUGCGUCUUCUAUCCGGCGGCGCUGAACACGUUCGAAAUCCGCUCGGCGUUGGAUUCGCACCUAAAACGUAAUCAGUUGGCGAAUGAGCAGUUAAGCACGAGCCGAGAGCUCACCGACCGAUAUCGGGAGCCCAUAAAGGUGUCCGGUUACAACGAGGACAUGGUCUGCUCGGUUUUCGUGAACUACGUCGAGAUUUACAACAAUUUGUGCUACGAUUUGCUCGAGGACGCGCGAAAUGGGUAAGAAACGCGGGUUCUGUGCGGAAAAUUGCAUUUUUCUAACAAGUUUUGACCAAAUUUAGACAGAAGUAACUUUAUAAGGAGCUUAGGUUGCUCUCAUGAUUUUUACAAAGUAUCUCUUAAGAUCCUGAUUUUGAACACGUUUUGACCUGGUUUGGAGUGUUUUUGUUGAAAAUGAGGCUUUCGGACUUGGUUUUCGCAUAUCUCCUCUAAAUUUGAUAGUUCUAAGGCAAUUCAGGCUCAGCUGAACUGCUCUUUAAAAAAACUCUCAACAGGGCCCAAAACGUGUGCAAAAUCGGGCCAGAGGACCAGAAACUUUUCAAAUUUCUUCCAUAUUCAUCUAAAUUUUCGUAUAUUCCGUGCCCAAAGCUUCAGAUCGCUGACAAAACGAGAACUCCGUCAGGACCGUCAACAGCAGAUCUACGUGGACGGCGCGAAGGACGUGGAAGUGAGCUCGGCCGAGGAGGCCCUGGAAAUUUUUUGCCUCGGCGAAGAGCGAAGACGUGUCUCGUCGACGCUCCUGAACAAGGAUUCGUCGCGUUCGCACUCGGUGUUCACCAUCAAGCUGGUCAUGGCGCCGCGGGCGUACGACGCGAAAAACGUGUACCCGGUUGCGGAUUCGUCGAAAAUCGUCGUUUCGCAACUGUGUCUCGUCGAUUUGGCCGGUUCGGAACGCGCGAAACGGACUCAGAAUGUCGGAGAGCGGCUUGCCGAAGCGAACAAUAUCAACAAGAGUCUGAUGGUUCUUCGGCAGUGUAUAGAUGUGCUCCGUCGCAACCAGAAGAGUUCCGGAGCGGCGUACCCGGAGCAAGUGCCGUACAGAGAGCAAAAACUGACACAUCUCUUCAAGAACUACCUGGAGGGCAACGGACAGAUCCGCAUGGUGAUUUGCGUGAAUCCGAAGCCCGAGGACUACGACGAGAACAUGAGCGCGCUCGCGUUUGCGGAAGAGUCGCAGGCGAUCGAGGUGAAGAAGCAGGUGGAGCGAAUGCCGUCGUCGGAUCGCAUUCCGCACGCGUUCUUCACGCAGUGGAACGCCGAAUUGGACGCCUCUGUGCGGUAUGAAGAUGAGGAUGGACGCAGCGAGACACCCUGUCCGCCCACGUUCUGUUUGAGGGUAUGUACUAGAUUUUUAGAUUCCUAUAAGCAUUUUAGCAAUUUUUGCAGGACUACAACGACAAUGCGACGGUGGAAACUCUCCGUACGUACGUGCGUCAGCUCCAGGAGCAGUACGGUUCCGAUGACGGUUCAUCUUCCGCGGCCGCAAACGGACCGUCCCUUCUGGCGGCGGUCCGGUCCUACAUGAUGGAGGCGGACUACCAGCGCAUCGAAAUCGGACGUCUUCGCGAGACUUUGGAGGCGAAGAACGCGGAGAUCCAGAAGCUGCGUGGCUUCUGCUCUCGCUACAAACGCGAGAAUCAGUCGCUGAAGGAGCGGAUCCACUCGUGCGAGCAGGAGGAGGAGGAGAAUGUUCAGGCGAUGAACCGACUGAUGGAGCAGAAGGAGGAGGAUCGCAAGAUCAUACAGUCUCAGAAGAAGGCGAUGAAGCACGUGCGCGGCAUAAUGGAGAACGCGCCGUCGCCGUCGGUCGCCUCGCUGCGGUCCCGCUUCGAUCAGGAGAACGCGCGGCCGACGGCGCCGAUGCAGACGCCGCCGCCGCCCUAUCAGACGCCGGGACGCGGGCCCGUCUUCCGGAAGCGGCUCGAGGCGACGACGUCGACGACGGGAGUGGCGGUGAUCGGUGGGGGACAAGGAUACGUGAACCCCAAGUACCAGAGACGCUCCAAAUCGGCCGGACGUCUUCUCGAUCAUCAAUCGCGAUAUCCUGUGCCGACGGGCACCGUUCUGCAGUCGAGAACGCCCGGAAACGCGAUACGCACCACCAAGCCAGAGGUAAUCGCGCUCUAAUGAGGAUUUGGCGAUGUUGGCGUGUUCAACCGCUAGUUUUUGGAGUAAUUUCUAUGAACAAUUUUCAGGUGCACCAACUGAACAAAUCGGGCGAAUACCGUCUGACGCAUCAGGAAGUGGACAAGGAGGGAAACAUUAGCACCAAUAUUGUCAAGGUAUCCGAACAAAUGCAUUCCUUAGUCGUCCGUCUUUGAGCAUGUCUAAAACUGUCCCCGUUUUCCCAAUGUUCGUAAAUAUUGUCCAUUUCAUUCCAUUUCACCCCCGUUUUUUGCACUGCGCACCGUCCGUUCACUAACACUUUUCGAACAGGGAUCUCCGCCGAUUCGAGGCUCGCCGCCGCCUCCGAUCAGUCCGUUUUCUCCGCGUUCCGACAUCCGAUCGUCGACGAUCUACUCGAAUCACGAGCACACGGCGCCCAAGGAGAAAAAGAACGCCGCCGGUUAUUGGUUCGCAUUUUUACAUGUUUUUUUGUUGUUUUUAACAGUUCUGAAUGUGAAUAGGCCUAGUUUUGCCUAUUUUGCUUGCCUCGAAUAGAAUGCGUAUAGUCGAUUUGCAACCGAACAUUUCGAGUUGGCUUUCUUAAAAAUAUAUUUUUGUUUUCUAACAGUUUGCUGAACGUAAACAAGCCUGUUUUUGCCUUGCUUAGUUAGAAUGCGUUUGCGAAAUUAUGCAACUCCCAUGGAGAUUGGUUGAUGGGUUGCAAAACGUCCAAAUAUUGUGAAUUUUUGAAAUGUUAUCGUGGCGAGACCCAAAAAAAGCGAAUUUUUCCAGGGAGACGUAAUACCGACGGCUUCGGGCGGAACCGCAGUCUUUUUCAACGAUAUCGAGAAGCUGACGCACGAAUCGCCGACAACUCGCAAAUAA